AUGGACCUUGAUAAUUUAAAUGGAGAAAAACAUCAUUUAUACUAUUUGCUUUGCGAGGAAAAGAAAGAACAUGGAACCCGCCCUAAUAAAAGUUGCCCCUCGCGAUUUAAUGACUGGCGAGUAGAAAAAGGAAAGCAAAAACGCCAAGCAAAAUUGAAUAAAGAAAAAUAUUGUAAAGACGAGGGGUGUAUUUACUUUACGGCCGUGUAUAAUGGAGACCAUUCGGCGGAAAGAAAACGAAUAGCCGACAAUUUAGCCGAAAAACAAGCCGAAUUACAAAAAGAAGAAGAAAAGUUAAAAAAUUUAGGAUUACAACGCCAACGCUGUUGGAUUGAAAGAAUAGAUAAAAAUAAAAGUGUAUGGAAAAAUGACCGCCAAUCAACUAACAGCCUCCAAGCCCAGGCCAAAAUUAAUAAAGAAAUAGACAGUAAAAUAACUUCCUCCCCGCAAGUCCAAAAAAAUGGCGAGAGCAGAAUAACCGCCCAGUCAGAGCAACCAAUAGAAGAAUUAAAGAUUCAGCAAAGCACUAUCCAGCCUGCUAAUAAUUAUGUUUGCCACACUUUCUAUCGCACUUCUUCGGCUCAACAUAAAGAAAAAGUCCAAAAAAUCUUUACUAAACUGUUGGCCCAAGACGAUAUUUAUUUAGGAAAAUACCACGGUAGUUAUUGCGUUCCUUGUGAAGACUACAUUCGCGAAAGCAAGGUGGUUAAUAAUUGCUGUCCUUUUUGUAAUUCUCCUCUGCGGACUAUUGAAGAACCGGCUUAUUUUUUAAGAGUUAGUAAAUAUUAUGCCAAUCUAACUACUUAUUAUGAAAAAAAUCCGUAUUUUCUUUUGCCUUCCCGAGCUAAAAAAGAUUUGUUUGCCAAUUUUUUGCAAAAUGAUAUUCGUGAUUUAUGUAUUACUAGAAGCGAUAUUGAAUGGGGCAUUCCCGUUCCUAACCAUAAAAAAAUGGUUAUUUAUGUGUGGUUUGAGGCUCUGCUUAAUUACCUUAAUUCGGAAGCAGGAGCAUUUUUUUUUACUGCUGAAUUUCCUCGUGAAACAAAAAAUUCCCCAGCUCCCGAUGUCGCAACCGAGUAUUUACUGAAAAAAUCAACUGCUAAGGAAAUUAUUCACCUUCUCGGAAAAGAAAUAACCCGAAAAAUGAGUAAAAGCAAAGGUAAUGUUAUUGACCCACUAGAAUUAUUAAAAAAAUAUCCUUCGGACCUAUUAAAAUCUUAUUUGGUAGCCAAAGUUAACUUUUUACAAGAUGGGGUAUUCAGCGAAGAAUUGCUAAAAGGAUUUCACCAAGAUUUUUUUGUGCAUAAUUUGGGUAAUCUUUGCUCCCGGGUAGGAAAAAUGGUUGAAUUAUAUAAUAAUGGUCUGGUUCCUGAUUUUGCCGAAAGCGAAAAUCCUUAUCUAAAAAAAUAUUAUCAAACUUGCUUGCGGACUAUUGGAGAAUACCAAAAAUUAAUGGAUAAUUAUCAAUUAACUGCGGCUUUUCAGGAAAUUCAAACCUUACUGGAUUUGAGUAAUAAAUUAAUUCAAGAAAUAGAACCCUGA